AUGGUUUUUUGGUUUGAAAGUUCUGAUGGUCAUAUAAUAUAUAUGGGCAAAGAUAAAUACGAAAAUGAAGAUUUAAUAAAAUAUGGUUGGGAUGAAGACAUAUGGUUCCACGUAGAUGACUUAAGUUCUGCUCAUGUAUAUUUGCGUUUAAAAAAGAAGAAGAUUGGUAAAAUAUAGACUAAAAAUUAUUAAUGGAAUGUUGCUAAUUAGUAAAAGAAAACAGUAUAUAAGGAAAAAAAAAGAAAAAGUAGAUAUUGUAUAUACUCCUUGGAAUAAUCUAAAUAAAACGAAUGGUAUGGAAGUUGGUGCAAUUGGAUUUCAUUAGGAAAAUUUGAGGAAAAUAAUCAAAAAUGUAACAAGAGAUAAGGAUGUUGUAAAGGCAUUGAUAAAAACAUAAACUGAGGAUUUUCCGGAUUUAAUAGAUUUAAAAGAAAAACAUUUUUUGGAGGAAAAAAGAGAAAGGUUUAAAUAAUUCAAGGAAUAAUAAAAAAUAGAAAAAGAAGAAUAAACCAAAAGGGCAAUCGAAAAAGAAUAAAGAA